UAAGGCGGCCGCCGUGCUCGGGCGGGCAGUGCGCCUGCGCAAGCUGCGGGACGUCAACCGACACCUGCGGAGCUGCUGCGCUUGAAGCAGGGCUACGAGCGCACCUCGGUGUGACGGAGGUAGAGGGAUUUGUUCUAAUUCUGCAGUAGCCUCUCUGUAACAGAAUCUAACUACUGACCCAGCCCUCUGCUUCCACCCUUGAAAUCCUUUCACUUGAAACUAGCUAAACCUGGGACACCUGGACGCUUAAGAUUCUGAAGAGAAGGUUUUUCUUUAAUUCAAAAACUAAUGCCAGUGAAGAUACAUUGCAAUAAGCCAUGAUAAGACAACGCCAGGAAUAAAUGAAUCAUAUGGGUCCACACUACCUAAAAAGAGAGUAAAAGGACACAACAUUUUCAGUGCUGAUUCCUUUGGCCACGUGGUACAACAGAAGCUAGCCUGACUGAAGAAAUUUGUCAGUGAUCGUACUUUGUGUUGGAAUUAGAACCUGGAGUCACGAUUUUCCCACUUUAACCAGUUUUGAUGGCAGAAAGACGAAGGUCCUACAGUGUAGGGGGACCAAUGGAGGAACUCGUGGCACCUGGUGCACAAAAAUGGGCCAAUAUGGAUCCAGAAGAACGAAUGUUAGUGGCUGCUACAGCUUUCACUCGUAUCUGUGCAGGGCAUGGUGAGGGAGAUGUCAGGCGAGAAGCCCAGUCUAUGCAAUAUGAUCCCUACAGCAAAGCUUCGGUUACCCCAGGAAAGCGACAUGUUCUACCUGUGCAACUGCAGUACCCACAUGCAGAAAGUAAUAUCACUUCAGAAACAGUCUCAGAAGCCUCCCAAAGGAUCCGAAAGCCAGUGAUGAAGAGAAAGGUGCUGCGUAGGAAGCCAGAUGGGGAAGUAUUAGUGACAGAUGAGUCGAUUAUCAGUGGAUCAGAGUCUGGUACAGAAAGUGAUAUGGAUCUCUGGGACUUAAGAGAAAGGCUGAUGAACCUGCAGUUCCAGGAAGACAGGGAAUCCCCUGUUGACACUUCAGAAAAAUGUAAUCCUCCACAUGAAUACCAAGGAAUUUCUGAAGAUCAGCUCAUCUGCUAUCUACGAAGAGAAGGAAUGGGCUCUCCAGCUUAUGAACAAGACCUGAUUGUUGCCAGCCGACCUAAGUCCUUUAUUCUCCCAAGGCUGGACCAAUUAAGCCGAAACCGAGGCAAGGUAGACCGGGUAGCUCGCUAUUUUGAGUAUAAACGAGACUGGGAUGCAAUGCGGUUACCUGGUGAAGACCAUAGGAAGGAAUUACGCUGGGGUAUCCGAGAACAAAUGCUUUCUCGAGCAGAACCCCAAUUCAAGCCUCAGCAUAUAUAUGUUCCAAACAAUUAUCUAGUACCAACUGAGAAGAAAAGAUCUGCCCUCCGUUGGGGUGUUCGCUGUGACCUUGCAAAUGGUGUCAUGCCCAAGAAGCUUCCCUUCCCUCUUUCUCCUUCUUAAGUCUUUUUUUUUUUUUUUUAACCUGUCUCUCCUUUCAUAGGAUUGUUUGGAAUAACCUGGUUAUUUAUAUCCUUUUAUUUAAAUAGAAACAACUAACUCAAAAGCCCAUGGAACAUUAGAGUAAGGACUUCACCCAUCACUGAUCUUUCCUAAGUGUGUAUCACACUGUUAUCAGAUACCACUUAACUGCCAAAAUACCACUCUCAAAUUCAGCAAUUUAAGAGAAAUCAUGCCAGAGAAAGAAAAACUGACCUGGUCUUUUCUCUACUUGUCAGAUUAGUAAGUAAAGUCAGCACUAUUUCUGUUCUAUAAUCUUUGUACCUUUGGCCAAUGUGACUUGCUGUUUUUAUUAGUGUGUUUUUAAAGUUGCUGGGCAUUAAGCUUAUCCAUUAAAGAAUUUUGGAAAUUUA